AUGUCUCAAGUACACAGUCGCAGAGAAUCCAUCGAGGAGUGCAAAGACUACACGCCAUACACCUCUCGAGCGCACUCCGAACAUGACAUCGAGAAGCAAAAUCACCAAGGUCGCAGCCAUGAAGACAAUCCUGAUAUCCUCAGAAACUACAGCACCGAUGGCUCUCCAUUGGAAAUCUCGCCCUCGCAUCUAUCACAGCCACCAACGCCUUUCAUCCCCAACGGUGGUCUCACGGCCUGGCUGCAGGUCCUAUCAGGAUUCUUCCUCUUCUUCAAUUCGUGGGGAUUGAUUAACGCUUUCGGAGUCUUUCAGUCCUACUACACCACCACGCUCAUACCUGGACACUCCGAAAGCGCAGUCUCCUGGAUUGGCAGCAUCGAAGCUUUCUUGCUGUGUUGCACUACUAUCUUCGCUGGUCCUAUUUUCGAUCGAGGAUAUGCUCGCUCGCUAGUCAUCUCUGGCUCUCUUCUGGUCGUCUUCGGCCUCAUGAUGACGAGCCUCUGCACGCAAUACUGGCAGCUCAUGUUAGCUCAAGGACUAUGCAUGGGAGUCGGACAUGGAGGUCUCUUCAUCGUCAGCAUCGCCAUCGUUCCCUCAUACUUUAGCACGAAGCGUUCCUUUGCUCUUGGACUUGCGGCAAGUGGAAGCAGCCUCGGAGGUGUCAUCUAUACGAUUGUCUUCCACCGUCUAGUCCCGCAACUUGGCUUCGGCUGGGCGACACGAGUCUUGGGAUUCAUGGCUCUGGGGACGCUGCUGAUUCCAUGUUUCUGCAUCAAGACGCGGACAACGCCGGCACCACGAAAGAAGAUUAUCGAUUUCAGCGGUUUCCGGGAAGCACCGUUCUCGCUCUUCUCUUUGGCCUCCUUCGUGGGGUUCAUUGGACUUUACGUUCCUUUCUUUUUCAUUUCGACAUUCGCCUCGUCGAAGGGUGGGCUGGAUGAUACGUUGGCCUUCUAUAUGCUGCCUAUCCUGUCGGCGGGCAGUGUUGCUGGAAGAAGCCUGCCUUCAUUCGUGGCCGACUUCUUAGGACCACUGAACGUCCUUUCGGUAUGCACGCUCAUUGCGGGUCUUCUGGGAUUUUGCUGGAUUGCGAUACCAACUCAGGCGAGCGUGGGUGGAUUGGUCGUGUGGGCGUUACUCUACGGCGCAUUCAGCGGUGCGUUUGUGAGUCUGCAGCCAUCGACAGUCGUUUCCAUCACGGAUGAUCUCAGCUCAGUGGGCGGACGAUUGGGAAUGAACACGUUCUGCGCGGCUUUGGGGUUGCUGAUCGGUACGCCGAUAGCUGGCGUAAUUUUGGAGGGUGACAGCACCUGGGUUGGGCUGCAGGCCUUUUGCGGUACUACAUUGCUUGUCGGCGGAGCGUUGGUCGUGGUGACCAGAUGGCAGAGAGUAGGUGUUGAGCUUGGAAGGAAGGCGUGA